GGAUGUGAGCGCGCGCCUCGGAGCGAAGUUCACCGAACUGCUGUGCGCACUCCCGCGCUGGAGAUCUCCGCGCCGUCUCCAGUCGACCACCCAAACGCGCUUUGUUUUAAUGGAACAAACGCCGCAAAAUGGAAACGGUAUAUAGAUAAAUGUUGAAUUUGGUGUCCCCAACCAAACAACGCUUAGACAAUCCUCAUCUUCAUCAUUCAUCAUCACGUAACCAUGGAGACAGUUGUGAUUGUGGCCAUAGGUGUGCUGGCCACCAUCUUCCUGGCAUCAUUUGUGGCAUUAGUGGUUGUGUGCCGGCAUCGCUACUGCCACCCUCCUGACCUUCUUCACCACUUUGAUUCCAAACCCACAGUGGAUCUGAUUGGAGCAAUGGAGACUCAAAGUGAACCUUCAGAGCUGGAGCUGGACGAUGUUGUCAUCACAAACCCUCACAUUGAGGCCAUGCUGGAGAAUGAAGACUGGAUCGAGGACGCCUCGGGCCUUGUGUCUCACUGCAUUGCAAUUCUAAAGAUAUGUCACACUCUCACCGAAAAGCUUGUCGCCAUGACAAUGGGGUCUGGAGCGAAGGUCAAGGCACCUGCCAGCCUGAAUGACAUCAUCACUGUGGCCAAACGUAUCAGCCCAAGGGUUGAUGAUGUGGUUCGUUCUAUGUAUCCACCCCUUGACCCCAUUCUACUGGACGCCAGGGCCACUGCAUUACUUUUGUCAGUCAGUCACUUGGUGCUGGUGACACGAAACGCUUGCCACAUGUCUGGCUGCCUGGAUUGGAUCGACCAAUCACUACAUGCAGCCGAGGAUCACAUGGUCGUGCUGAGAGAAGCGGCCUUGGCGUCAGAACCAGAGAGAUGCCUGCCGGAGAGGGAGCAGUCGAUCUGACUUCUUUAAAGUACACAUACUGAUGUGUUUAUCAAAUCUCAUGCCAAAUUCGCACAUAUUUUAAGAGGUGGUUUAUUCAUAUCAAUUUGUACGAUCACACACUGUGAAAAUUCCUGGUUGCCUUACAAUAUAAAGUAUAACCAACUUGAAUUACGAUUUAUUUCAACUUACAGUGCUAUUUUUAUAGCUGUAACUUAAGCUGUUCACCGUGUGUUCGCGCCAGAAGUCAGAAAAGACGUAAAACAUUGUGUUCAGUGGUUGAGCUCAAAACGUUUUGAACAACGUUUACACCUGGCAUUAACAUCGUCAACUUGUGAUCCGAUCGAUGAAAACGCAUUUUAAUGCCAAGUGUAAACAGCCUCUAAAUGGCAGUGCUGUAGUUGGAUAGUGCAGAUUAAAGGGCGGUAUUAUCCUCUUCUGACAUCACAAAGAAAGACAGAUUUCAAUGCCUAUUUUUUCACAUGCUUGCCGAGAAUGGUUUACCAAAACUAAGUUACUGGGUUGAUCUUUUUCCCAUUUUCUAGGUUGAUACUGGGGACUAGGCAAGCAUUUAUGAAGUGCUGCUUAGAAAUCACCCUAAAUUCGAUCUUGUUAUCAUUUCUCAAAGCGCAUACUUGUUAUUCAGAGCAAAUGUAUGCCUAAUUAAUGUCGUUGAAAUAUAAAAGAUCACCUAACAAUGUUUAAAUCCUUUAAGAGCAGCAAAAAUGGCUUAUUUCCCAAAAACUCGGACAAGCAAAAGUGCAUACUGACGUGGCUCUAAGUCCAUUUUUAUAAAUAUGGACGUUGCCGUGAUUUUCUUAUUCCAGUGGUUCUCAAACUGCCCCCCAGUUGGGAAAAAGAUCAGCCCCAGUUUUAUGACAUUUUAUAAAAUACAUAAUUUUUUCAAAAAUGUUGUGUAAAUAAACCUAAAAAAAAAUAAGGCUACUUACCAACAACACUACUUUUUAUACUUUAUUAUGUUUUGUCUAAUUAAAAUGUUAUGUUUUAGAACAAAAUUGUCCUUUGGGUGGCCGUGAAGGAAUGCACCGUACACAAGGGGGCCGCACCUUGAAAAAGUUUGAGCACCACUGUCUUAUUCUAUGAUCAGAUCUAUGUGUACGCAUGCUUUGUACAUAAGGCUCCAGGAAUUCAUUUUUACAGUUCAUUUGUACGUUUUUGUGCGAUUUGACUGAAUGACGCUGGGAUUAGAGGCGGGGUUUCAUUAAAGAUACAAUUUGUAUUUAUGCGAAAGAUGGCGCCAGAUCAAACAAAAACAAUGAUGUUGUUUACUGACGCUCUGAAGCAGCGUGGAAUUAUGGGAUUUGUAGUCUUUAACUUUAGCCAUCAAUCAGACGAGAACGAGAAAUCACGUUGAUGGAUAAGGUAAUCAAGUCUUAUAAAUGUUGCGUUUGAUGACAUCGUUUAUUUCAUUAUGUAAGUUUAUAUGUGAUGUUCAAAACGAAAUUGUUAGUCAUAUUGAUAUUACAGUAUUAGUCCAAAUUCGAUGGUAAACACAGCUCAGAAUUAAGUUUUCAACUUACAAUCUACAAUGAUUUUUCACAUAAUGUAUUGACAGUACAAAUCUUAUUGUGA